ACUCCCCUCUGGAUGAAGCCAGGGUGGUCAGGAUGCAGACUAUUAAGACAGUCGAGACCCAAGUCCCCUUCCUGAAAGAGAGUUUCUUCACUACCAGUUUCAAAGGCAGGAGGAAGAGCAGCGUUACCAACAUCCUCCGUAAACAACAGCACUCUCUUAUCUUUCAACAGCACCAGCAACAACAGUGCAUUUUAGAGCAUCAGCAGCACGAUCCUAAGCAAUUUCCUCCCCUUUUAGUUCAAAAUGGAUCGUGGCAGCAAGCUCCAGAGCAUCAGCGCCUUGCUCGUUCGACCAGCAGUCCGUUAUGCAAGACAGCUGAGCGUGCAGGAGCAGAUGGGGAUAGAAAGGAGGGGCAAAAAGAGAGGAAGGAUCAGAGCGAGAGAGAGGCUGUGCAGGGGAGGGGGGAAGAGCGAGGAGUAAGUGGUGGUGAGCCCGCGGCUGUCAGUGCCAGUCCCCUCCCACUUUCAUCAUCAGCAUCAGCAGUACUGGGGGAGGCAGCAGCAUCAUCCUCACAGCUGCCGUCAACUGUGGUGGGCAGACAGCAGGGAUUAGCUGGCUCUGAAAGGGCUCAGACCAGCAGAAGACCAACAUUAGAAGCAGCCCAGGAGGAAGCCCAGCAUGCUCAGCCUCGACCCCAGCAGCAGGGCCUGUUAGCCAAGGGUGUUCGCCUGUUCAGGAACAUGGGCAACCAGGAGGCAAAGCAGAAGAAAGGAGCGGGAAGUGUUGGGGCAGCAGGGGAUGUCUCCGGUGAUGGUGAGGCUGACGAGCGAGAAGUGGACAAAAAAUCCAAAAAGUCCAACAACAAGAUAAAUAAAGGAGGAGGAGAACAGAGCAGUAAGAAGAAGCCCAAGUCAGAGUCGAAGGGUUCUAUGUUUUCCGGCAUGAAGAUCAGGAAGAGCUUAUCCAAAGCGAAGGGGCUGUCCAAGGAAGACAUGCUGGAGGAUGGGAGGUCAGCGCAUUUUGGCAAAGAUGAGCUCAAACCUGGUGCAGAGGCUCAUGGUUUAAGCGUAUCAACUGAUGAGAUGGGCAUGCUAUCAGAUGUCGAGGGAGAUCUAAGCCGCUUGACCGCAGACAGCCUCCAAUCUGUGGUGGAUGAGACAGGCCGGAAGGCAAGCUCGGGGUCAGAUGCUGACAUUUACAGUUUUCACUCGGCGGCAGAUGAGAAUGAGGAUCUGCUCUCUGACAUCCAGCAGGCCAUACGAGACCAGUGCAUGUCUACUGACAGGAUGCUGGAAAUGGUGACCAGGCAGUUAUCUGGAGCAUCGACCUCUGAGGGGAGGAAAGUCCCGGAGAAGGUGAUUACUCUCCAGCAAGAUGAGGGAGUUCUCUCUCCACCUCUUGGUAGUGACAGUGUAGCUCAAGGAUUGAAUGAGAAGUACAAGAAAAUAGAGAACGAAAGCAGUGACAUGCCCAUAUCAAGACAUUCAUCUGGUCCGGGGUCGCUGAGCGAGGGUGGUCCACCUUCUUCAGCUCCAGAUACAGAGAGAAGCAGUGGCAGCCUUUUUCCAAACACUAACAGCACUUACAGUUUCCAAGACACUACAGCUACCACCACCUCAUAUGAGAGUGCUGAGGAGCCACAGGAUGACCUGGAGAGUCCAGUUCUGCACCCGCAGCAGAGUCUAGGUGACCUGGCUGCACUGAGCACAAACACAUGUGUGCCAUGUGUCCAGUUAGAUCCCAUAUUGUCAGGGACAGGGCCAGUGGGGACUCACAAGAGUGCAAGCAGCAUGGACCUGUCUCUUGAUAGGGAGGAAGAGGAAACUGGGAGGCGGGACUUUCUGUCCCUGAAAAGGAGGAAGAGUAGCAUGUCCAUUAGCCAGCUAACAACAGACGGCCUGCCCUUUUCUCAGUCGAGACGGACAUCUUCAAACUCCCCGUCCACUGUCAAACUCUACCCUCCAGUGAACCCUUCCUACGUUAAGACCACCACCAGGCAGCUCACCUCACCAGUCGGCUCCCCCCUCACAAGCCCCAAUGUGCCUCGAAAAACAGAAGCCAGUGGUUCUCCACUGGAAUCUGGCGAGGCCCACGGUCUUCAGAGACGUAAGCAGAGGUCCAGCUCCAUUGCAGGACCCUUCAGUGUGUCAGGAGACUGGUCUGCAGAGUUGGACGGGAUAAAAGGAGAGCAAGUUGGUGGGACCGCAUUCCCAGAGCAGGAGACCCCGGAGAAGAAGGGCACAGGUGGGAAUUACUGGACACUGGGCUCCAGGAGAGCACAUUAUGGACGGCAGUCCUCCACGGUACCCUACCUGGAUGUCUUCUCUGGUCGCACUCUGCUGGACAGGCUUUGUAUGCAUCACGGGGACGGAUCUACUGAAAAGGAGGCGAAAGAAUUGUGUCACCGAAUGCUGGCCCAGGGUCUGCUGCACCCCUUCAGCGACAGCUCUGCAGAGCGCCGUAGUGGCAGCGCUGCCUCAGUCCUCUUCAGUGAGGAGCAGCUGUACACCUGGGCAACCGUAGGCCUGCCAGUGUCUUCCCACGUGUGGGAGCUCUACGGGGGGAGAACCCCGGGCAGAGUGCAGAGCUCGAGAUCCCCUUUGCAUCAGUCCUCAGCCAAGGCACCAGGUGCUCCACAGUUUCAGACAGAAUCCAGCAAGUUAAAGUCCGGUCAGUCAUCUUCAGAGGAUGAAAGCAGUCUCAUCCCUCAGCUGGAGAGGACCAUCGAUGACCUGCAGAUUAAGAUUGCUGUGUUGCAGGGCCAGCAGGCCUCUUUGGCAAAGGGCAGUGGGGACAGUGCGGGAGCUCCGGGCAAUGCCCCACACAAGGGCUUACAGAUGAGAGGAGGAAGAUCGGGGAAGAUGAACCAGGAGGUGUCUGUCCAGACCUCGCCUGUGGAGGAGGGGUUUAAGUUUGACGUGCCUUUGAACAGAGGAUCAUCCGGCACGCCGUCCUCUGUUUCAUCCUCCAUCCCCAAAUCUACAGGGGGCUUUGUCUGCACGUGCCAGCAGAGGCAGCAGAGCAGCAUCAGCUCAGGUCCUCCUCCUCCUCCUCCUUCUUCAGCAUCUACUGGUAUGCCUCCACCUCCACCACCACCUCCCCCACCCUUACCUGGGCUUGGAUCGUGUCCACCACCACCUCCACCUCCACCACCCCCUCCUCCACCACCAGGUUUUGGCCCUCCACCCCCUCCUCCUCUCCCUGGUUUUGGCCCUCCACCCCCACCUCCUCCUCCACCACCGGGUAUGGGCCCUCCACCGCCACCUCCCCCUCCUCCACCGCCGGGCAUGGGCCCUCCUCCUCCACCCCCUCCUCCCGGAAUGGGCAGUCCUCCACCACCGCCCCCCCCAGGCUUUGGGCCCCCACCACCACCAGGCCCCAUGCCCUCCAUGAUGGCCCAGGAAGCCGCCACUGCCAAGGCUCUGAUAGAGCCCCCCAAGCCAAUGAAGCCACUCUACUGGACACGCAUACAGCUGCAUGCUAAAAAACAGACCGGCUCGCUGGUGUGGGAAAAAAUCGAGGAGCCAACUGUGGAUUUUGAAGAAUUUGUGGAGCUGUUUUCCAAAAGUGCUGUCAAGGAGAAGAAGAAGCCAAUUUCAGACACGAUUAGCAAGUCAAAGGCCAAGCAGGUGGUGAAGCUCUUGAGCAACAAGCGUUCCCAAGCUGUAGGAAUCCUGAUGUCUAGCAUUCACCUUGAUAUGAAGGACAUCCAAAAUGCCGUCCUAAAUAUGGAGAACACUGUUGUUGAUCUGGAGACUCUGCAAGCCCUUUAUGAAAAUAGAGCUCAAGAUGACGAGAUGGAUAGCAUUAAAAAGCACAUUAAAUCAGCAAAAGACAAGGAGGAUGCCAAGCCACUGGACAAGCCAGAACAGUUCCUGUUCCAGUUAUCACAAAUCCCCAAUUUCUCAGAACGGGUGUUCUGCAUCCUUUUCCAGUCAACCUUCCACGAAUGCAUCACCUCAAUCCUCCGCAAAGUUGAAAUCCUCCAGAGAGUGUGCAAGUCAAUCCAGACUGGUAAGUGUGUACUGAAGGUGCUUGGCCUCGUUCUGGCUUUUGGCAACUUCAUGAACGGAGGCAAUCGCUCUCGAGGGCAAGCUGAUGGCUUCACCUUGGACAUUCUGCCAAAACUGAAGGACGUUAAAAGCAGUGAUAACUCCCAGAGUCUUUUGUCCUACGUUGUUGCUUACUAUCUAAGGCACUUUGAUGAGGAUGCUGGCAAAGAGACAUGUGUCUACCCUCUGCCUGAGCCCCAGGACCUUUUCCAGGCCUCCCAGAUGAAGUUUGAUGACUUUCAAAGAGAUCUCCGCAAGUUGAGGAAAGACCUCAACGUAUGCUUAGCUGAAACAGAGAAAGUUUGCAAGUUGUCCUCUGAGGAAAACCUGCAACCCUUCAAGGAGAAGAUGGAUGAAUUUUUGAAUAAAGCCAAAACUGAACUGGAAACACAGGAGAAGGAGCUGGCAGACACUCAGAAGAUCUUCUUGGAGUUAAGCGUGUCCUUCUCGGUUAAACCCAAGGCGGGAGAGAAAGAAGUCUCUCCCAACACAUUCUUCUCCAUUUGGCACGAGUUUUCCACAGAUUUUAAAGACCAGUGGAAGAAGCAGAACAAGCUGAUGUUACAGGAACGGGUAAAAAUGGCUGAGGAGAGCUUCAAACAGGCCAGAGAGAAAGCCUCCUACAAUGUGAAGCCCAAACAUGCAACUGGAAUAAAAGCGAAGCUGGGCCAGAAGAUCUGAAGCAGAGAAUGGAAAAUUCUCAUCACCAAACCUAUUGCACAAGCGCUGUUAGUACAAUCUGGCAUGACUCAUCAGUCAUUUUUAACAUACGUUUGCCUCUAGUAUAUGUCUUCAGUUGGUUCAAAGCUGGUGUUUAUUGUGAGCUGGUUCAAAGUGUGUAUAUACAGAAGGCAUACAAAGAUUUUUCAAGAAAUGAUCACUGGAUAUUUGUAGCACUACUCCAUAUCUGAGCUUUAUCAGUAUUUUCUAACCUUUAUGUAGCCUUUUUUCUUUUACAGUACAGUUUUCUAUGAACCUCUUUACAUCUCUGUUAAUGGUGAAAAAGCACACACUUUUGUAAAGUUUCUCUAAAAAGAAAGUGCCUUAUUGGUCGGUGGGUGGGGUGAGCCGAGUGAUGUAGAACAGAGCUUGUUUUGGAGACAUAUCAUCUGUAACUCUGUGAAGCAAGUAAAGAAGAAAAAUCUGUUUUACAUGGGCUUAAACAUUUGCUUUUGUUAAAAGUUUUAUCAACUGUAUUUCAGAACCAGUGACGAUGAUUCACAUGUUUCUCACACAGAACCUUCGCCUUUUUGUUUCAACGUUUUGUUUUGUAUCAAUACUAAAAGGCCGUGUGUACGUAAACAGUGUGAAUUCCUACUAUUGUUUCAUCUGUUUAAGCAAAAUCCUAUGCAGUUAGUUUUUCGUGAUACGUGAGUGUGAACUCCCAUGUACUAAAGAAGCAACAAGAUGAUGUGAUUUGUCUUUCAUGUGCAAUAUGUUUUGAUUGAAUACCCUUAACUAUGACAAAAAAUAUAUUUAUUGAAUAAAAGAACACUUAAUUUUAAAAAA